GCUGUGCUUAGUAAACAAGACAGACAUCAUGUGUAUCAUUUAUGGUACAGCGCAGCUUCUGUAGUCUUUUGUGAGGGGAGCGGAGUGCUUUCAUUACAUGAAUGGGAACUUGAGUGUGGAGGAACAAAAAAGAAAAAAACAUCUAAUAAUAAGGUUGGCCUCUGUUAUUAUGCUAUGUUGCACAGGCCAUUUGCUCCGUUCAUUUAGUCAAUGCCCAGCUCUGUUGUGUUUGGGUGUAUUUGUAUAAUGUGUUUGUAUCUGGGUUUUUCUCACGUUCACUGGAAAAAGGAGCACUUGGUUGGGAGAAAAAUACACAUAAGCAACAGAUUUUCCUACAGACCACCAUGUUGCACGUGUCCAGUAUGAAAGCUGAUUGCCUUCGAAAAAGAUUACUACUAGAUUCAAUGACAAGGUGAUGCGCCAUAAGAACAGAAAAUGGAGGAAAGCAGCGGGGGAAAUCGAUCCAAAGUGCAAAGGUCAUGGAAUACUUCAUCCGUCUGUGAUGGCCAACCCUCUUUAAGAAAAUUCACUAUCCCAAGAAGAAAAAAGCAUUCUGAGAAAACUUUCUUGGAAGAUUGCCCGACAGAUUGGAGAGAGUACAGCUCUAUUCGUUCAAUCUUAAAAGAAUCUAGACUGGACAUCAGUCGUGAUAUCUUUCUGACCUGGAAGUGUGAAGGUGUUAAAUGUGUCCACAAUGAAGAACUUGAAAAGGAAUUUGCUGAAAAGAGGUCCGAGAUGCGUUCAAAAGGGCGAAAUAGAAGAGAAAUGGAAGAGCGUUUCUGCUUUUUAGUAACUUCUGACAGUGUGGCCAUGCAGUUGUAUAAAGACGGUGUAAAAACAGAUGCUACAGCACCAUCCACACUUGGGAAUCCUUUACAUGGGAUUUACUUAUACAGGCACGUGGAUGUGGCUUUGAAGCACAGCUGCCAAAAAUCAUCAGACGCUGCGCAAAGAAUUGUGAUUUUUAAGGUGAUAUUUGGAAAGGUGAAGAAUGUUCAACCAUGUUUCGGGAAAAAAGUUGCCCUGGAUCCCACAGUAAAGGCCGACUGCCAUAUGUCUAAUAAUCCAGCCAGCCCGAAAGACACUGUCAUUCAGCAGGUGGUUGGCUCAUCUAUUUACUUGUUUGACUACAGUGAAGAUCAAGAACUGGUCAGCAGGCCAAGACAGUGCUUGCCCUAUGCAGUUGUCUCAAUCAGUGGUUUAGCCAAUGACACCAUGGCGCCUUCCACAACUCUAUUAUCUUUGAAGAAGCCAUACCCUAGGGAACUGAGUGGUGCAGUGAAAAAUCAUAGAAUUGAUAAGAGGAGGGGUAGAGGUCAGAAUGCUACUGCAGUCUAUAAACAAUUUGGCACGCUGGAGAACCCAGGAAAGUCACCAAGCUUAAUUUCUCCAGGGAGCUGUUCAGCCAAUUACAAUCCAGGGAAAACCCAAAAUGGAAGGUUGUUUAAAAGGCAACCAAAUAUAGCAAAUGAGCAUGAAGGUGAAAACGUUCUACUAAACUGUGGUGUAUGCACUCCUGAGCAGCUUUGGAAAAGUACUUUAAAUUUACCUGGAAUCUCUUUGUUUCUCCACCGCAUCACUGAGAAGCCGCAAGAAUCAAGUGUUGCCAAAUGUAGCACAGCAAUGUGUGGUCCCUCCUUCACGUCUGUCGUUACUUCACGGGUUACAAAGGAUCCGAGGUUAUUAAGGAGAAGAGCAGCUACUUACGAAGAAAAACAAGGAAUUAUAGGUCAAGGGUUGAAACCUCAACAGCUGGAGUGCCGUGCUGGAAAUGAUCCUAAACACAAUGUGGGUGCUGUAGGGAUGCAACAGGAUGAACAGGAAAAACAGGCAAAGAAAGCUGUAGGGCAUACAGAACCUUCAGUGCAAAGUGCUCAUAGCAAACUGGAAUUGACUAAGAGAACUAAAAACUCCUGCCAGAUGGAAACACAUUCUAGUCACUCUCAACUUGGCAGUUCUAAACACCUUGAACAGGACCCGCCUGCCAGCCUGCUAAAAGAGAAGUUUAAGAAGUAUGCAGAGUAUCUUGUUAUGUCAGACAAAGACAGAAUAGCAAGAAUUGAAUCUCUAAAGAAUGUAUCUUCAGAAGUAAAGAAACUUCUGUACUGCAGGAUACAGUUUUAUGAUCGGUACUAUAAGAAGAACAUGAAGUGUUCACAAUAUGACUCCAAAAUGACCCCAGUAUCAAGUGUGCAUAUGUCGGAAAAAUCUCCAAGUCAAAGGUUUGUAUCUAAACUAAGUAAAAUUGAUGAUGGCUGUGCUAAGGAGUACUCUGGGGUCCUGGGGUACACCGGUAAUCUUGACCCAGGGCCAGGUAAAAUGUCCACAGAACUACAGCAAGAUGAUAAAACAGCAGCUGCAUGCAAAAGCAAUGCAAGGUGUGUGGAAGCCUGUAACAAACCGAACAGCAUGUGUGCAGGGAUUCAUCUUAAUCCCUCUGAUCCCAGCCACCCCGACCUCUGUGAAGAGAAAAAGCAGAAAAAUCCAAAAAGUGGGAUCACUCCUGGUCUUGUAAAGAGUAAAGAAGCAGGAGAUGCUCUGAAAUCAUCAUCGGAAUUAGAGAGCAUGAAGUUUAAAGAACAAAAACAAUCAUUAGGAAUAAUGAAUUGUAAAGAUGCAGAAUCUGAAGUGCAUAUGUCUGACAAAUCGAAAUGCACCAAUUCUGUAUCCAUGAGCAAAGGGGACUUCAGUGAAAUGUUUGCUGAAAGCAAAUCAGCAGAAAUGGACCAAGAGGUUAAUGGAGAACAUGGGGCUACAAAUCACAGCCUUCUUCAAAGCAAUGGAGUGCAUGAAACAUCAUUAGAUCUGGUGGACAACAAAUUGAAAGACAAAGAUGCUUUGCUUAUCAUUAAGUUAGGUGACAUUUUUGCAGAAGGCAAGUCUACAGAAUUGCAACAGCAUGGUAACAAAGAAAAUGUAUGCCAUAGCACUGCUGAUAGUCUAAAGGAAGCUUUAGCUGAAUCAAUAGACCCCCAACCCAAUGUGAAUGAAAAUAGCAAACCUAACAAAAUGUUUACAGGAAUUCAGCCUAUUACAGCUAAUGGCAUGUGUGAAGAUAAAAGUAUGAAAAAACCAAUGGAAGAGAUAACACAUAACCUCCAAGAAAAAGUACCACAAUGUGAUAUGGAAACUUCGGAAGAGUUAGAGAACAGCAAACAAAAAGUAAAAGUACUCAUUGAAGAAGAAGUAAGAUAUGCAAUACAUAUGUCUGCAGAAUCUCAGUGUAACAGUUCUGUAUUCAGAGUCAGUCGAAAUGAUGGUAUUAAAUUAACCACUGGUUAUCAUGCCCCAGAGUCAGGUGAUUUUUUAACUAAAAGCAGAUCAACAGAAAUGCAACAAGAUGGUACCUUAGAAAAUACUUAUGAGAGCACUACUGAGUGUCAAAUACAGUGCUCAGUAGAACUGGGAGACUCUAGAUCCAAUCUGCCUUUCACGUAUGAAGAAAACAAACCGAACAAUAUGUUUCCAGAAAUUCCACCUGAUCCUAUGAAAGAAGAUGUUUGUGAAGCGAAAUGUACAAAAACCCCAAAAGAGUGCAUAACACAUAACAUUCUACAGAGUAAAAGAACACAACAUUUGGAGUUCGAUGAUUUUUUUCCCAAAAGCCAGUCCACAGAAAUGCAACAAGGUGUUGAAGCAGAAGUUGGAUUAAAAACUGCAACUGAGUGUUCAAAGGAAGCCCAAUGGAACGAUUCACUUGAACAUUGGAACGGUGAAGAAACAGAACCUAAAACAGAGGAACUCCUAUGCAUGGAUCUAGAAUCUGGUAAAGUUGAACAUUGCUGUAGAGAAGAAGAUUUGUACAUUUCACAUUAUGAGGAAGUAUGCGGUAUUGAUGUUUUUGAAACUGCAGAGUGUACAGAGUCGGAUGUCAUAGAUCUACCGAUCUCUCAUGUGUGCAUUGAAUCGGAUAGAAAUUGGACUGAGGAAUCUGCACUUGACUGCAUGUGUGAAGAUUUUAGUGCCAGUGAACACGAAAGCCCCAAUAAUAUGGACGAUUUUCAGUCUUCAGAAUCAGUUUACUGGUUUCUACACAGAAGAAUACUGUGCAGGACGAUGUCACUCUCAACCAGCCAAAGUGAAACCAAAAUGGCUUCAGAUAAAGAUUAUUUUAAAGACAAAAACCCAUAUUUCAACAAACAUAGAUCAUUUUGCAUUUCUGAAAACAAACAUGCACAUUCUGAUGUCAGAGUGGUACCGCAAUUACAAAUUAAAAUUUUCAAUGAUGUAAGGACAAACUGUAUUACUAAACCUCAGUUCGGUUCACUGUUUUCAAAUUAUACCAGUCAAUCUACAUGGUUUGACACUGAAUAUCGUACAGAGAACCUAAACUCAAAAUCUACAGCACUGGUUGAUGAUAUUCCAACUCAGCAUGUUUUGAAGGAGACAAAUCCAGUGCAGACUGCCACACCGUUGUUCACUGCCAAGCAUAGAGUUGAUGAGCAGAGUCAAGAGCUCUGCUUUGAGGGCACUGCAAUUAAGGACACACUAGAAAGUAAAAAGCCUGUUGCAGUAACCCCAAAAUACUCCACACACCAGAAUCUGGGUUCUCAGGUGAUUGUUGAUAACUACCGUUGUGUACAAAAGUUACCUGAUGCACUAAAGUCAAUCACACAGUCCAGUUCUCCAAGUAAGGAACAGCCAUUGGUAAACCAGGCAGGCACUAAAAUGAUCCAUUACUCAGAAGGAGAUAGUGUUGUAUGCAGAGAUACAGUUAAUGUUUUCAACGCAUCAAAAGAAGAGUUAAAAAGCAUUGUAAACAAACUUAAGAGUGAAGUUCCGUUAUGUCAAAGCAAGAGAUUGAAUAAGACCCUGACCAGGGAUCUGAGUCCCCUAAGCAAAGCCCUCAAGAGACUUCCUAAAUCUUCAAAACAAUUGGUACAAUCUCUUGUAAAAAGAAACCAAAAACCAAGCCAGAAAACGGGUGAGCUGGAAGAAGGGUGUGAUAACUUGAAACCAAGAAAGCAUCCGUCACGAACAGCUCACAACAAAAGUAAAAGAAAUAUCAAUAGUAACCGCUAUGUGAAGAAAAAUGAAUUAUGCUUGUCAAAGGAUGCUUUAAACACUCACAGAAAGGAUGAGGAAAAGAGUUUAAAGCAGCAGUUACUAAGUAGUGCAUUUAGUUCUGGGAAUUCUAAACUGACUUGCAUAAAGAAUCAAGGAAUCAACUCUGAAAACGGUAGAGAGCCAUCUUUGACAACGGUUUUGAAAAACCCCUCAGAUACUGAAAGUGGUGCUAAGGGGCUAAAUUGUGAACAUAACACAGAACAAGACAGCAUUUGUCUGUUUGGUGAGAAAAAUAGGACUUUCAAUGUUCUUGCAGCCAAUUGUGGUCAUUCAAAUAUACCCCAGGUUCAGGAUGAGGCAAGGAAAAAAGAGUAUUCAAAAUCUUCUGAAGCAAAGCAACGUUGUGACACUGUGAUACACAAAAAGGAUGAUUCUGUUAUUUUAACCAAAAAUGAAAAUGAGAACACCAUGAGCUGUGUAAACACAUUUACAGCAACAUUUCAGAAAGGUAAUGCAGAUGAGAACAAGAAACAAACAAACACUGACGUUACUAAAUCUCCAACCCAGGUAAAUUCAACUGGAGAAAAAGCAGAUGGUCUUAAUUGUAAGGCUCUUUUUUCUCCAACUGGGACAUAUUGUGACACUAUAUUAGAACGCACAGGUCAUUUUCACACUUCAAGACCAGAGGCCGUGGAGGAUAUCCAUUCUUGUGAUGGUGAGAGUGUGGAUCGUGGAGGGAAGAAGACAAAAAACCUUCAGUUGACUAUUUCAGAGGAUAAAAACCAGGCAGCUAAGAUGAAGGAAGAUUUAGAAGAUAAAACUCAAACCGUACAUAAAGGUUAUGCCGAGAAGGGUAAGUCCAUUGGUUACAAAGAGGUUGCUGUGGAGGAAGUGAGUUCCCAUGCAGUGACUGAUUUAAGCAAUGGAAAUGGGCAUCAAUCACAAUGGGAGACUCUGCCAGAAGCACAUGAGGAGAAAAGUGAUGAAUCACCUAGCACUGUAUUUGAAGCCAAUAGUUGGACCUUCACUUGGAAGCAAACCCAAGGUGGCCAAUUUAGGUCUUCUAAAGUACAAGAUACAAGCUGGACAUCAAUACCAUUCAUAACUGAUGAACCGAUGGAAACAGAGAUCAACUCAAGAAACUUUCGACCCGUGUUAUCUCAUGACACAGCACUCCAAAACGAGGCUCAUUCAGUUAGUUUUCCUUCAAAAAAAGAGGAAGAGGUAGACUACCCAAAGAGCCUGAAAUCAAUGCAAUCAAGUAAUGUAUCUCAGACUAAUAAGAACCAGCAUUCCAAGCGAGAUCCUGAAGAUAUUAAAAUCACAAGUUAUGAUGUUCAUCAACCCCACAUAGAAGCUGCGCUAAGUGUUCAAACGGUUCAGAUGGAAUUACAGACCACUGAGUCCCCUGACACUACGAUACAGAUUCAAAGUGUGCAUCCCAAUUCAAUGCAAUGUAACGCUGACUGGAUACGGUCUUCUGGGACACCAAAAAUAAGUUAUUCUUUUAAACAAGAAAAAAGCACAGAGAUGAACGCUAAUUGCAAGAGUAGCACUGAUACUAUGUUAUCAGAACUGGAAUCAUUUUACACUACACUGUAUCUAAAAGAAAAAAAUGUGAAAGAAAUAUCUCGUAUUUUAAAACAAGCUGAUGGUACGUCAUCACUUGAUCAGCUGUACCUGCAAAGUUCAAAAUGUAAGAAGAUGCUUCCUUAUUUUAUUUCAGCUUUUCAGAGGGAACAGGGUGUUGAUUUUAAGGAGGUAUUUGUUUCGAGAGAGUUGUUGAUCGAGAAAAACCUAAAAGAUGUUGCUAUGCCAGUAAAGCUAAAAUCCACUGCGUUGGAUUCAUUAUUGGAACUUCAAAUGAUGAUGGAAGCAAUGCAGUUUGUGGAAAACAAAAUAAACUUUCUGAAAGGGUUACCAACAUUCAGGAGUUUGCUUUGGUAUGACACAACACUGUACAGUGAGCUCCUCAAGGGAAACUCAGGAUAUCAACAACAGUCUUCAUUAUAUCUGUCAUUCCAGGACAAAAUCGACCUUGGUGGUUUUGCUGAAUUAAGAAAAUAUCACUCUCAGUUGUUGUGUUCAAUGCAUCCAAACACUGAGGGUAGUUCUUACUACGUGUACCUAAAGAACACAAGAGAACUAGAGGAGUGUAAGGCUGUGUUGCAGAAGUAUUCGGAUUGCAGUUGUUUUUUUCUGUCGUUGCCGUUUUCUUGCGGAGUCAAUUUUGGAGACUGUAUAGAAGAUUUAGAAUUGCUACGGAAAAAUAUAAUCUCUUUGAUUGCUACCUAUCCAAGUCAUCCAAAAGAGGAAUGUGAUGUAGGGAAGCUGGAACAUCUUUACAGCAUGCUUGGUAUAGUUUAUGGAAAAAUCAGCUUCCUGAAGAACAAUGCAGUACUCGACAGGAAAAUCUCCUUUUUCGGUGUAGAACAUAUUAUGUUUGAUGUUGCUAAGACACUAGUAUGGCAGGAACAAAGACAAGCGGAAGAACAGAUUGCUGGUACUAAGAAGAGGAUAAAAAAACAAACAGCACUCGGAAUAAAUGAAGAUGCCAUUUGUAAGCUGCGGAAAUUGUAUGAGAAAAUAGCUGCAGAUGCAAACCACUCCGAAGUUCCAAUCACUGAUCGGAAACUGAAAGCUUCUGAUUCUGAGAAGAAACGACCACGUUGUGAUCUUGAUGAUCCUGAGCAAGUCAUAGAUCUUGAGCAUAAAAAGAGAAAGUACAAAGAAGCCUCUUUGGAAGACAAGUCUCCAGAAAAAGAAAGAAGACCCGAAUCCUGAAUAUCGUAUCUCAAAGCUGCUCACCGAGCCUGUGAAGCAGUCAUGACUCCGCCCCUGAGGUAUCAAAAGGACUGCGCUCACAGAUCUCAGCGCCAUGUUUCCUUUCACUGACCUGCUCGGAGAGCCUUGCUGGAGAUAAGUGCUUUAUUCACGUUAUCUGUUUACACAAACGUAUGUGAUAAAAUUACAAUUCACUAAAGUAGUUUUUUUAAUUAAAUCUGUUGCUGGUUACGUCCCGCUCGGCCUUGUGCCCCAUGUGAGGCCAGCGUCUCAAGUCGUGCCUUCUCAUGGAUCCAGUACCUUAAGUCGGCUGACUUUGUACUCUCCCCCCAGGCUGCAUAGCUCCGACUGGAGUUUAUUAUUUUUCUCGUUUUGCUAACUUUGCCAGUACGAGACGGUUAUAUAAUAAUUUUAUAAUUAUUGUAUUGAUAUUUGUUGAACAGGGAACGUUUUUUCUCUCGUAUAUUUUAUUUCUGUUUUUCAGAGAUAUCACGCAGGCCUGUCUGUAAUGUGGGAGACACAUGAGCAACCGAUGGGCUCUAUUAGCAUCACCAUUGCAUAGGCUGUUAGUGGACUCUAACAAGCAGCCUUCCCUCAGUCUCAUGUUGGUGCUGACUGAGUGGUUUUGCCAGUGGCUCUUACAGGUGGGCAUCCCUGGAUGUCGCCACCCCUGGUGACUGCGAACGGUGGAACCAUACCGAACCGUUACUGAGGUUACAGACCCGAGCCGGUACCGAACCUGGACCAAGGUUACCGCACCGAUGCACGGUGCCGAACCGAGCAAUAGCUGCAACCCGGUGGACCCAUACCACUGCGUCCAAUUCUAACCCGAUACCAAACUGGUACCGAACCAGGGCCGAGGCUACUGCACCGGUACAGACCGGCGGUACCGAUUCGGUACCAAAGUCACUGAACCAAAGUCACCAGUUUGGAACCAGUACAGACCCUGUGUUAAACAUGCCAAACCGGUACCAAACCCUCUCAAGGGAGUCCCCAGCAGCUCAGAGUGGAGGCUUCACCCUGAGGUGGUGAGCCUCAUCUGGGAGAGAUUCGGUAGAGCAGAGAGAGACCUCUUUGCCUCCCAGGAAUCAACCCACUGCCCCCUCUGGUUCUCCAUGACAGGAGACGGGGAACCACUUGGAAUAGAUUCCUUGGCACACCAGUGGCCGAGGCAGCUGUUAUACACCUUCCCACCGCUCGCGCUGCUCCCGCUGCUCCCGCUGUGUCUGGAGAAAAUUAGGCAGGACCGGGUCAAGGUGCUCCUAGUAGCCCCAUAUUGGUCCAGGAGAAUUUGGUUUUCAACCGUGAUGCAGCUCCUGAGCCUCGAGUACGACCCCACAACCUGUCCCAUGGCAGGUAUAUUGCAAUUUUUGCAGGACCGUUUUGAUGAGGGAAAUCUUCCACAUUAAAAAUCUAUCUGGCAGCUAUUUCAGCUUGCCAUGUCAAAAUUGACUUGGUCUCCCCAGGAGCUCACAUCCUGGCGGGGCAAUUUUUGAAAGGGGCUCGUGGCUUUGGCCUCCUGUGAAGGAUAUUGACCGACGCUGGAGGCUAAACGUGGUGCUUAAUGUAUUCAUGAAGCCUCCAUUUGAGCCCCUGUAUUCACCUGACAAAGAGGCGUUCUUGCUUGCUGUCACCUCCACAAAGCGGGUGAGUGAGAUGCAGGCAUUCUGUAGCAAAAGCCUGCUUCAUUUUUACAGAGGCCAGGUCACGCUCCACACCAGUCCUGCCUUUUUGCCGAAGACUAUCUUGACGUUCUUUGUCAACCAGUCUGUGGAAUUGGAGGCUUUCCAUCCACCUCCUUUCCAGUCUGACAGAGAGCGACAGCUCCAUACGCUCUGCCCAGUUCUGGCCUCUUGUAUACUAUGUUGACUAUGGAGGCUGUCUGAACAGUUUUUGUCUGCUGUGGGGCAAAGUCCCGUGGUCAAGCCCUGUCUAAGCAGCGGCUGUCCAAAUGGGUAGCAGGCACGGUCAGAACUGCCUAUGAGCUUUGGUAUACAAUUUUCAGGAUUCCAGGGUUAUGAUAAUAGCCUAAUGUGCCACUCAUUUCAAUCAGAGCACCAGCAUUGUUGCAUGAACUAAAUACACUGCAAUGUUUAGAGGAAAAAAAUAUUUCUCCUGGCCCAGUAGAAGUACAAACAAAAGUUAACUUCCUAGGAUGUGUGAAAAAACAUCAAAACUAUUGGGAGUAUGUUAAAAACAACAUGUUUCACUUUUGUCAGGAUACAGCAAAUGAAAUGUGCUUCUUGUAAAUAGUACAGGUGGUUCUGUAACACUUUUAAAGUAUAAUUUAAAAAAAUAUAUCACUUUAUUGUGUUGAGUAUUGAUUGUUUAAGCAUGGAAAGUAAUUUCCGUUCCAGUCUUGUAGUAUUGUUAACACAGCAAACAAGUAUUAUCCUCAUGUGAAUUCCCUAUUUUCUUUUCUUUUUUACAGAAAUACAUCAAAAAACAUUAACACUAAUAAGCACCCUCCUUUGAUUUGGACUUAUGAAAACAUGGUUUGCUUAACUGAGCUGAAAGAAAAUCCUGCAGAAGAAAAACCUUGCCAAGGAA